GCGUCACCUGUUCCCUUCGGACUGCAAAUCUACCAAUGUACCAAACCUGGUGUCAUUGCUCCAGGCUUCGAUGAUGGCCCAUGGAUUUACUCUGAAGAUAUUCUGGAUCGGAUGCAGGCGACCGGUUUUAUCGCCACUUGGUUCAUCAAUGGAGCGAACAAGGGGAACAUCUACGAUUACAACUCCACCUUGCGAAGAAUGGUCAACAUGGGUCACCAGAUUGGAUCACAUACAUGGAGCCACAAGGAUCUUGCAACUCUGACCGUGGAUGGGAUCAAGCAGCAGAUGAUAUUAUUGGAAGAAGCCAUGGUGAAUAUCUUAGGGUAUUUCCCUUACUACAUGCGGCCCCCUUUCCUCUCGGUCAAUGCGCAAGCACUCUCGGUAUUGAAAGAGCUUCAAUACCACGUUAUCAUCGGGGACCUGAACACCAAGGAUUGGGAGUAUCAAACUCAAGCUGGCAUUGAAAUAGCCAAGAAACUGUUCGUCGACGGCCUUGAUAUGGGUUACACGAUCGUUGAAAGCCAUGAACAAGAGGUCUGGUCUCAAGGUGUUCUCAUUGACUACAUGAUAAAGAUUGUCAAAGACAGAGGGCUAAAGACUGUGACCGUCGCCGAAUGUCUACAAGACACGCAAGUAUACCGGACCUUCCGCGAUCCCAAUGCGUCUGCGAAAGCAACAGCGACUCCGCUUGGCCCGGGAAGCACCACACCUGACGGCACAUGUGGUACCCAAGGCAGUGGCAAAGAUAAGGGCUACAUUUGCAAGGCUGGCGCAUGCUGCAGCAAGUACGGGAACUGUGGCACGACAUUCGACUACUGUGCUGCUCCGGUAUGCCAAAUUGCCUUUGGGAGAUGCGACCCUGCCCCCGGACGUGGAAGUGUGACACCCGACGGUACUUGCGGAGAUUUCAGCAAGGGCAACAACAACGGCUACGUCUGCAAGAAUGGAGCGUGCUGCAGCAAGUACGGCAACUGUGGUACGACAAACGACUACUGCGCAGCUAGUUCGGGCUGUCAACCAGCGUUCGGCUCUUGC